UGUUAAAACGUUAAAAACUACGUUUCAAAUAAUGUUAAUUGCUGCUUGAUUUCAAUUAACUAAUACAUACUCUUGAAUUUAAGAUAACAGACAAUUAAUCAAACUUGUUAUCGUGACAAUAAUAAUUAAGAGUGAUUUAAGUGCCGACGUGUGCUUGCUUUAAUGUGAACAUAUUAAGACAGGUUGUUUUAAUUUAACACAUGAUGAGAUAAUGCGGUGUUUAUAAUAGCAGUGUGGGUGCAAGCAAGCGUAGUGUUGGUUUUAGAAAAGAACUGUGCCAAUAAAUGUGGAUAAAGUGGUAAAAGGAAAUUGUUUAAUCAACAGCAAGUUCAUGAACAUUUGAAGUGACGAGUGACGCUGCAAUGCGAAAAACAAACUGCCGUGAACACUGAAUUAUGCCGAGUUAUAGUGGAUGUUGUGAAGUGUUUUCAUAUAUUUUAGUGGACGCAUAAUGUGAAAGUGCAAGCAUUACGCAAUGUGGGCGGCGAAGCUCAGCUGUAUUUUCAUAUUGUUUGGUGUGACAGCAGGCGGCGGAGGCUGGGAGCCUCUAGGGCAGCCGUACUUCGACAACACGACGAGGCGAGAGGCGACCGCCGCCGUGGGGCAGCCCGCCUAUCUGCAUUGUAGAGUGCGCAACCUUGCUGACAGAGCGGUAUCAUGGAUACGCAAACGUGACUUGCAUAUUCUAACUGUAGGGGUCCACACAUACAGCAGUGACGCUCGCUUUGCCGCCCUCCACGCGGACGGCUCUGACGAGUGGACGCUGCGGGUGUCGCCUGCGCAGCCGCGGGAUUCUGGGGUGUAUGAGUGCCAAGUGUCCACGGAACCGAAGAUUAGCUUAUCCUUUCGGCUCACUGUUGUUGUGUCGAAGGCUGAAAUCCUAUCAGGACCAGAGCUAUUCGUCAGGGCGGGUUCAGACAUCAAUCUCACUUGCGUCGCGAAAUACGCCCCUGAUCCGCCGAGUUUUAUCUACUGGUAUCGAGGAGAACAAGUGGUCAACUAUGCACAGCGCGGCGGGAUCAGCGUGGAGACGGAGCAGCGCACGCGCACCAGUCGCCUGCUUAUCGCACGCGCAGCGCCCCAUGAUUCUGGAAACUACACAUGUGCGCCUAGUAGCUCAGAAUCGGCUUCAGUCAUCGUUCACGUUCUCAGCGGAGAGAGGCCAGCCGCUAUGCAGAGCUCCAGCACUUUAUCAUCCCAUAUAAAUCCAGUACUCUUCAUGAUCCUCACAUCUGUAUCCACUUUUCAACUCCACGUUUUAAAUUACCAUACUUUAUUUAGCUACUUUUUGAAUGUAACCAUUGUAAACAGUCUCUUUAGUAAAACUAUUUUUGUACUUAUUGAAAAUACUUUUGAUAACAUCUUUAAACUCAUGAGAUGACCUGUACAGUAAAUACUUGGUAAUAAAACAUUGUGAAACUAUUUUAAAACAUUUUAUUACAUCCAUGACUUUGUUUAAUACAUAUAAUAUAUAGUAUUCUGAAUACAACGACUACUUACUGACUUAGGUCAAAAAAUGUUUCUACGUCAAUUUUACUUGUAGAUUUAUUUUCUAUGGAUACAUAUGAUGUGUCUGGAUUGAAAUGACGAAAAAUUUAGCUCAAUUUACAUAUAAUUUAAACAUUGAACACAAAAGGGAGCUUAGAGAAGAAUUGAUUCAGUCAUAAAUGUCUCUAAAGCGAUUAGGGGAACGCUUACUUCGGGCUGGUUUAAGUCUUUAGACGAUUAUCCGUUCCUGAUUUCCUUUUGUUUUUCCAGCUAACUUCCCCGUAUUAAUCCUAUAGUGAAAUAAGAACGAUUCGAUUUCAUAGCAUAAAGAUAAUCCCAGAUUUAACAUAGGAGGCACUUUAUGUGUUUAACAAACUAAGCCCUUUGCCGCCUACUUUAACCACGUGUUUUCUUUACUCAGGCUCAUCAAAAUAUGUUAUAUUGGAUUAGUUUCUAAGUUAAUAUUUUUACUUAUGAGCAUACACGAUUACAACGUGUACGGUUUUACAUUUAUAGUCAUGCGUUAAAUGUAUGAUUUCGAAAUGCUUGAUAAAGGUAAUAAUAAAAAUUGUCCAUAGAUAGCUGUAGCAGUCCGGAAUUAUUUUACUCUUUUAUUUAACUUUUAUCAUAAUAUUUGUCUGUGUAAGUAUAUUUUUAUUAAAUUUAUUGUUGUGAUCAUAUUAUGUUCAGCUUAAUAACAAUUAGUAUCUGUUUAUUAUAAAUAUUUUAAUAGAUAUGAAGUAGAUCGUUGUUCAAUAUAAAAUUUUCCCCGAAGAAUUAAUUAGUUUUCAUUAUUUUUGAGUAUAUUAAUACGAUAUAAUAAAGACAAUACCUAUCAAAACAAAUAUCUCUCAGGAAUUGAAUAUGGAGUCAUAGAAUAUUAUCUACAAAACAAAUAUUUUUAUUCGGUUUUUCUUCUACAUGAUUCUUCUGGAAUAAAAAUGUUUAAUUAUUUUUAAUGCUUUAAUAGAAUAGUUGGGCAAUUAAAUUGCGUUUUUCUAAUUUAUUCUUGAAUAAUAUAAUGUAUGUCUAUUAAAACGUUGGCUUUCUGAAAUUCUGUAAAAAUUGAAAUAGUUAUUAUGAGUAAGGUUAUUCGAAACUAAUGUUUAUAUUUUGAAUAAGUUAUCUUAUUAUAAUAAUAGGGUUAUUAGAUAUACACUUAAGUUACAAUAUGUUGUGAAUAUAGGUCUAAAGCAUGUACAUAGAUAUUGUAAAUAAUAUAAACUAUGAGAUGGUCAGCAUAAAGUUGUAUAAUUAUGGCAGACAGCCAUUCAUUCAAGUAGUUAAUAAAAGGGUUGUGUAAUAAACUAUCAAUUGUAGCAUUGAUCUAAUUAUGUUAUUUAAAAUUUGUAAGAAAAUAAUUAUAGAUAUACAAUUAAUAAAUAA